UGGAAACUCAUAGAUCAAUACGUAAAUUUAAGAACAGACUUAGUAUCGUAAUCGAACGUGUAUCGUCCUUUUAGUUUUUUCAACUUGUUUCCAAUUGCUUAGAAAAUGCAAAGUUCUGAUGCUAAACUGACCCCGUCGCAGCAAGCCCGGGUCGAACGUAACAGACAGAGAGCACUCCUCCUACGGCAGGCCAGAUUGGCGAAGCAGUGUCCCCAAGUCCGGGAAGCAGUUGAAAACAAGACAACUAACUUAAGAGGAAGACCUAAAGAUAGUGGUGGUGGAUUUCUGCUGGAAGAAACAGAAGAAGAUUUACCAACAAGACGAGUGGUUAUCCUUCCGGCUCCACCGGUGGUUAGGCCACAAUGUGAAGAAUGUGGAGACGAUUUUGUUCACUCGUAUCUUAGCCUUCAUUUUGAUGUACUGGUCUGUGAUAGUUGUAGAGAUGCUGAUGGCAAGCAUGCUUUAAUUGCCAAAACAGAUGCUAAAAACAGAUUCCUCUUGAAAGACUGUGAUCUAGACAAACGUGAACCACCUCUGAAGUUCAUUGUGAAGAAGAAUCCACAUCAUUCAACGGGAGAUAUGAAACUUUAUCUGUUGAGUCAGGUUGAGAAACGAGCACUAGAAGUUUGGAAUUCUGAGGAAGAACUGGAAGAAGCUAAAAGAAAACGACUGGAAGAAAGAGAGAAGAGGAAGCAUAAAGCUUAUAAUAAAAAAGUCAAAGCUCUGCGAAUGACUGUACGUAGCAGUUUGUACAACAAAAUAUCUGAAGGUCAUGUCCAUUCUUAUGGACAAGAAUCUCCUCUUGAAGAUGACAUGUAUGAAAAGGUCUGUCUUGAGUGUGGACACAAAGUUCAGUUUGAAAAGAUGUGAAUGUAGUUUCCAAAGUCUGUGGGUACCUGUUUAUAGAGUGUAAUAAAUAACACAUUGAAGAACAGAUAGUGGUUACAUCAUGUCAAAACUAAGUUUGGAGUUUUUAAAAACAGAUAGUGGUUACAUCAUGUCAAAACUAAGUUUGGAGUUUUUAAAAACAGAUAGUGGUUACAUCAUAUCAAACUAAGCUUGGAGUAUUUAAAAGUAGAUAGUGGUUACAUCAUGUCAAAACUAAAUUUGGAGUUUUUAAAAACAGAUAGUGGUUACAUUAUGUCAAACUAAGUUUGGAGUUUUUAAAAACAGAUAGUGGUUACAUCAUGUCAAAACUAAGUUUGGAGUUUUUAAAAACAGAUAGUGGUUACACCAUGUUAAAACAGCCUCGAGUUUUAAGAAAUAAACAGAUAGUGGUUACAUCAUGUUAAAACUAAGAUAAUGUUUGCCCAUCUAAGAAACAGCAGAGUAUAUGUAUGUUGGAAUUGUGGAGAGUUGUGUCUAAAACGAUUAAUUUAAGAAAGUGAUCUAUGAAACUGUAAGCUGGAAAAAUAAAUGUUUUCCUUUUUU